AUGGAUGACUCGAGGCCGUUGGGAUAUUUCCUUGCGAAUGGUUCAAAGCUCCCCCCUUGCCUUGCCUUUUUUUCCUACGGCAGUUCGGGUUCUUUUGAGGACGUUCGUUUGGGAGGCUCCAAUCUUUACGGACACAUUCAUUUCUAUCCAAGUAGAUUAUAUCAAGUAAUACUCGUUACCACGGAAAACAACGGUCUCGUCGCCGCUAUGCGGGAAAUGCGUUCCAAUGGUACAACGCGAAUCGUUAUUAUUCCCAUACAUACUUUUGAAAUAGAAUCGAAGUACGGAAGUGUUGAGUUGAUCAUGUCAAUCCCGUCCGAAUCUGGAAGAUGA